AUGCAUCCUCUCCUCGGCUUCGACAACAUCGGCACCAAGUCUGAUCAGUACUGGAAAUAUGCCGCAGAAAAUGGCCAAAUUCUCCUCAGGCACUUGCGGACACUUAGGCUGGACUCUGCAAACCUGGACCUGCGCUCUCCGGACAGAUUGAACGACCUUCUCCUCGUCUCGUUCCCAUGUGCUCUACUGGUGACUGUUAUCUACGCGAAUUACUGCUGGAGGACGAAGGAAAAGGUUCUCCCCGGCACUAGGGAAGCGCUCCUGUCACUAUAUGCGUUUAUCACCCCCACCCAAUCCUUCUGGCCGGUACAAUAUCUCUCACUUGCUCGCUCAGCUGCCACGUCUAAUAAACGGGCCAUGCAUCUGCCUUUGGGGACCCUCUACCGCGAUCUGCUAGACGAUGCUAUAGAGCUCAGGAAUCCUCGAGAGCAUCUCCCACUUCUGUUAUCCGACAAAUUGUCAGUCCCCACUCGUAUCCGCAUCGACAUUGAGCUCUUCUGGUGGUUCAAGCUACUAUGGUUCAUGUUCUCCUGCUAUAUGCGUAGCGGUCGACCCUCUGUCGCGCUUAUUACUAGGCACGAAGGCGCAAACGACCCGAUCACGCGUAGCCCACCGCUCCCUCGCUCCCCACCUCCGCCUUACCCACGUGCCACGCACGAACAUGCAGACAUCCACGCCGCAUCGGCGCCCCCGUCCACGCUUUUUUUCAGCAUGCUCUACGAAAACGCGCCCUCAGUCUCGCUCGACUGCGUGCCCUACCACGCGCUCGAGCGCGCCAUCCGCAAGCUCCAGAGCACGCUCACCCCCGGCGCCCACCUUACCAUCGGUCUCACCACACGCGCCGGCCCCGCCUCACAAACGUUCAGCGACCCGCGCACCAUCCUCACCGCACUGCCCUUCUUCCCCCGCGCAUACCUCCGCGGCCGGGCCUCCGACGCGGGCGAGCGCAGGACGACGACGCCGUUGUUCGCGACGCUCCCGCGCGUGCUCGGGCUGCUGACAUCCGGGCGCGCGCCGCUGAGCGUCGUGCUCGUGCGGAACGUGUCAGCGGAGUACGCGGUGUUCCUCCGGCGGACGGCGCACGCGCUCGAGGACGACUGGGAGAUCCGGGACGCGUUCGUGCGCGAGUGGGGCGCGAGGGCGUGGCGGGAGGAGCGGGUGUGCACGAUGUGGGAGGCGGCGCUCGUGGAUGCGGGGUUGUUGGCGGGCUGGGCGGUGGUGGUGCGCAAGCCGGAAUGA